CCAUGUUUUUCUGUGAGUGGGGUGUGUAGAAGAGAGGCCGGGGUGAAAAUCAUCUCUCGAGGCAUGCAGUGUCAAAAUGGGAAGGAAACUAUACUUGUUAUCCUUCACUAAGACCUGCCAGCCUCAUUUCCACAAAAUAUCCACCACCUGUGCACAAGAAGUAAAUAAUUUUUAAUCAACGUAACUGAAAUUAUAAGAAAACUACCACCGAGCGUGGGUAAUACAAUAAAAAGCAAGAAAUUACAAGGAAGAGAAGCAAAAUAACAUUUAUCAAGCUUGUAAAUGUCAAGGUGGUGGAUUCAGUAAAAAUUGAAACAUUAAAGGACAAUAAUAUAAUACAGUAACUUUAUUGUAAAUAGGAGAGAAGAUGAUCACCCUGGAGGUAGUGGAGUCUGUGAAAGUUCUUGGGUCUAGGAGGUACUUUAAUAAGAGGAAAUGAGGAAUCCAGCAUUGCACCUGGUUGGGAUAGCGGCGUCCCCUGGGGGUGGUGAAGUGUUUGGUACAAGGGCCGAGGAGGAGUUGCGCCAGUGGCUAGAGGCACGCUUGGACGCAUUGGGAAUAGACCCAAUUGCGUACUCGCGAUUUGUACUCAGCCUACUACGCCACCCCGACUCGGCCCUGAGUCCUCCGGAAGAAGCAAUCGGUUCAGGAAGAAACGGGGGACGUCGUAUACGUGCCCGACCUAAAGCAAAGCUGCCGACACAAGGAGAUAGAGAACAGAGACGUGCUGUUGUGCAAUGUCUCACAAGUGCUGCCGAUAAUAAAUGUGGAGUGGAAACACUGGUCGAUGAAUUAUGUAUGAAAUUACGCGAUUUGGAAGGCGGUGGAUCAAGCGACAAGGAAGAUGAAUCCAAGAAAUCUGACUGUGAAAGCAAAACAAGCUUAGAGUCGCUUACACCUCGUGACAGAGCUCUCAGAUACUAUGCAGCAUUCCCUGCUUUACAACCGACAACUCUAAAAAAAGUUUCCCAAAGAAAAGACAGGAUCGUUGCAAACAACAACAACAACAACAACAACAACAUCAUCAACAGUAAUAAUAACAACAAUAAUAAUCAAAUCAACGGGGUUAACUAUAAUAAUAACAAGAACAACAAUAAGUCUCGCAAUAAGAAAACUAAAAUGUCUAUAAGCAUUGACACACAAAGAUUAGAGGGAAAACAGAGCUUCGGAUUUGUAAAGUCAAUGGAACGUGAACGAGAAAAAGAGCGCGAAUUGGAAUUGGAUCAGCUGAGAUUGGCACAAUUGCAAGCAAAGUUUGACGAGAGCUUGGAAGCACUUUGGGAUACAGGACCGGGCAAUGCACAGGACACAGCUUCUAUCUGGGCAGCUCCUACUCUCUCUAUACCUUCAGGACCCCUUUGGCCGACAGACACCACCGAGACAAUCUUUACUUUAUCCACCUCGGACAAUGGUUAUGCUACUGACACACCGUACCAGGAAUCAAUCGUGGACGACUCGCCGCUCAUUCCAUGGGACAUCGAUUUAAUCAGUAUCGAGGAUUAUACGGAUGAAUGUAGUAACAAAACUAAAUCAGAGAACAACAUUAACUGGUCUGACUCAGCUAUGGAUGGAUCUUGGUGUUGGAAAGGGCUCGGCAGCAAUUUGGCUGCCUUGGGCCACAGUCCGCAGACAGGUAGCUGCUUCUUUCCAGUCGCACCACGUAAAACACCCAUUGGAACACGCAAAGAGACCCGUUCAAAUCUAAAGGUGAAAAGCCUUCCAGAACCGGACGAGGAUUUGCUAAUUUCCCCUCGCACACACUUUCGUCCGAUAAAGGAUGACGGUCAGUGGGCCGACGGGACUACAUUUCCGGUGAACAAUACCGUAGAGCGGGUCGCGUAUCGCAGAUCUGAGUCAGGAAACUUGUUAUAUCUACCUGGCGGAGAGAGCCCAUACAUGGAGUAUCGGGAGAAUGACUCACCGAGUCCUCCAGCAUCGUCGAAUUUAACGUUGAAGUUCAGGGUGCGUCAAUGCGACAAGUGCAUACAAACCGAGCCCAUUCGAUCUCCGGUCAAACGCAGAAUUCUCUCCGAGCAGGAUCAUUUCCAUUAUACUCCGGUCGGAGUAGAAGAUACUGUUAUUCGCGAAGAGGAGAAAGUCGAGAAAGAUUGCUAUGCAUUGGGUCAACUGGGCUGGGUACGAUCGAAUGUACCUCUGCACAAUGAUAGGAAAAGAAGGCACAGUAGCAGCUUCGGAUGCCAGCCUCUGACGACUUUGCGUCCGUUGACCUUAUGAACUGGAUAAAUAACGAGUUGCUAAAGAUAUAUAUAUAUAUAUAUAUAUAUAUAUAUAUAUUAAAGAAAAAGCGUAAUGAAAUGCUCUAAUGACUGGAGAUCCGAGGUUUAGCUAUGUUUAGCACAUGUUUUUUUGUUCCCAAGACGAAGACGCAAACCGUUUUAAAACGUGAACACGACAGAGGGGGGAGCCUCUUGGCAUGUGGAAUUUGUUAUGCAUGUAUCCAAGACGGCGCCAUUAAUAAUAAUAAAUAAUAAUAAUAAAUAAUAGUAAUAAUAAUAAUAAACGAAAAAAAAGUAUCCCCCGUUGUCGUUAAACGAGAAAAAAACAAGUAAAGAAAAAUAAAAAAGUAUAACACGUAACGCAAAGCAAAUACACGAGCGAAGCGAAACGAAAAGAAAUAUUAAACGUUCAUUUAGAUAAUUAUCAUUAACCCUUUGACAAAUAAAGGAAAAAAGUGAAACGGAACAAAGUAAAAAAAAAAAGUAAAUUCUAUAUGUUACGCAGUGUUUAAACGACGAGAAAGCGAGCACGCGGGCGUGUGUGUGUGUAUGUGUGUGAUGCGUGCGCGCGCACGCACGCGCGUGCGUAUGCCCGCUAGCGAGAAAGAAAAUUCAAAACGAAAAAAAAAUUGUAUCGAGAGAAAGUAGUCAACGAGAUUUCGUUUUUUUUUGUAGCUUGUUAAAUAAUUUCAUGUAAACUUUCGAUACGAGAGAUCGAAGAGCGCGCGCGCGCGAGAG